AUGACGACAAUGCCUCUCAAGUUCAAGCCGCGAAUAAGGACCCAAUUCCAGUUGAGACUGUGCAUCAGCCUCAGGGGAACUCAGUUCAUGUCUAAACUUAUCAAGCAGCUGUGCAACAUCUUUCAGAUCACCAAAGUUCAGACCAGUAGCUAUCACCCACAAACGAAUGCAACGUGUGAGCGCAUGAACAGUUUCAUUUGGCAAACCCUCCGUGCUUACUGCAAACCAGAUCAAUCUAACUGGGUAGAGUUACUUCCCAGUGUCAUGUUCGCUUAUCGAAGCACCCCAGCCACUGAGUCUACUCAACUUAGCCCAUUCAUGAUUUUAUUUGGUCGUGAAUGUCACCUACCCAUCGAUACCGCAUUGUUACCCCAAACGCAGCCCAGUGCAACGACUAAUCGAACGCUUGAGCGUAUCAUGCAGAACUUUGACACCACGCGCAAAAUUGCAGCAGACAACAUCAAGGCGGCCCAAGUCAAAUACAAAGAACAGUUUGAUAAGAAAUCCAAAACCCCAAGUUAUCAAGAAGGACAGAAAGUAUGGCUUUACUGUGCCAAACGUCAAGUUGGCUUGUCACCCAAAAUGUGCCACAAAUGGCUAGGUCCGUACUAUAUCUGUGAGGCUCGCGAUAACUUCACCUACAAACUUCGGCGGUGUAGUGAUAACAAACUUAUGUUGUCCCCAGUCCACACGAAUCGGCUGAAGCAAUACCAUGACCCUCAAGACAGACCUGUGCACAUUCCUGAUAGCUUAGACAUCCAUACUGAGGUCGGUACAGACCAAAUUGAGGACAGUGACACUAUCAGUGACACUGUCGGGGAUACACCCCACUCUAAAGCUAAUCAAUCUGCCAACGAACACGUGCCACAACCCCCACCUGUUGUCUUGGGCAGUCCCAAACGUCCCUCUGAUACUAAAUCACCAGACACUGAUGACCAAGGUCGUGGCGAUUGGUUUAUCGUACACAGUCUCAGACGCUCUGCCAUAAUAGAUGGUAAGCGGCAUUAUCAAGUCAAGUGGAAAGGAUAUACCAAAACAACCUGGGAGCCCGAAGACAAUAUUCCUGAUGAGUUAAUCCAAGACUUUCACAUCCGUAAGACCAAACGAUCCAAAGCAUAUAAGAAUAAGCGCAGACGAUAG